AUGCCUCCGCUGCGGGGCGCUUCCCCACGUCUCCUCGGAGACGGCCGCAAGCCCUUCACUCCUCUGAGAUCCAACUCCGCGCCCUGUCCCGCCGAGUCCCAACUGGAUAGACCGCGUCCCCUCGGUGCGCCCUUGACAACUCCGGCGCGCCCCCUUCCUAGUCUUACAACGCUAGUUGCCCCUCCGCAUCCCCUUUGCUCCCCUUCCCUGCUGGGGCUCCCCGAGGCCUCCUCGGCAACCCCUGCACGUCCCCCACUCCCCUCAGAUUCACCUGCUUUCACCUCCCCCCGACCCGGCUCCCCGUCCUCACCAGUCCCAGACGAUAGUCCACGCUCCCCUCUGUGCACCCUUGGCAGCCCCUGUGCGCCCCUGGGCGCCACUUGGUUGCUGGACUUCAUCCCCCCUCCCCAACAUCCUUUUUCCACCCCUUGCGCCUGGACCGUGCCAGGCCUUGUCCUGCCCAGUGCCAGCAGGGUACACCGAGCCCUGCUCCGUGCCCCUUGGCACCCCCUGCCCACCGCUACCUGGUGCCCCCGUGCGCGCCCCUCCCCCUCUGCUCCCCUGGAUCAACAGACGACCCCGGUCUGCCGCCGCUCCACGUUCUCCGCUCCCCUCCCUCUUAACUCCUACUCUGCUGCAGAGCGACCUCUCCUCCCUUGCUCUUUGUAG